GACAGCCUUCUGUCAAAUAGAAGAUGGAGCAAGAGGAAGGCUUAGAAUUUCUUUAUCUCGUCAGGAACAGACAGCGUGGUGUGUAUAGCCUAAAGUGUAUAACAUACUGAGGAAAUGGAUAGGGAGCACACAAAUGAUGUGUUUCAUUCAAGAGACAAGACAUACGUGUUUCUGUGGACCUACAGCCAGUUUCAGCAGGAGCAGACAGAGUGGGAUGCUGUGAACAGACUCCUCCAGCACCAUGGGUUCAAGCCGGUUCACUUUGCUGAUGUUUCUGGCUAGUUUUCUCAAUGUUAUUUAGUGAGGCAGUGGUCAUGGUACUCAAACAAUAUAGGCCUAUAAGUAAAAAUAACUGGAAAGAAAAUGGACAAUAAGAUAUUCUACUUUAAUGUGUGUCGUCUUGCUCAUAGACUUGGUUCUUCUGGAGAAGAAGUCGGCCUGUGACAUCAGGACUAUGCUGCGGGCGAUGCUUACAGACUUGGAGAGGAGACAGACCUUGAUUCAGGAGCUCAUCGAGUCCAACAACCAACUUAAAGAGGAGGCUCAGCAGCACGUUAGCCGCGCUGCCCGUCAGUCCCAGAGGGUGACCGAGUUGGAGGGAGUUCUGGACAGGGUGAAGAGCAAGCUGCAGGACCUGGAAGACAGUUACAUUGGCAAGGCCACGCAGCAGCACAGCAAAGUGCACCACCUUCAGCAGGACAAGAGAGAUGCACAGAAAUGGUGCCAGGGCCUGGAGCAGAAGCUGUCUGAGGAGAGAGAUGUGGUUUCCCAGCUGCAGAGGAAGCUCUACUUCACUGUGACAGAGGAAGAGAGGCAUUUUGCUAGGCAGCACAAGGUGUUCUGGCAGAUCCACAAGAGAUCAGCUCGGCCCAACUCACCAGUGGACCAGCAGGUGUUGGAUGUAAUUGACAUCUAUGAGGCCCAAAUGGAACAGCUCUGCGAUGAUGUCAAGUCCCUCAAAGCAGAUUCUGGGGGAUCACAAACAUCUGACCAAUCGCAGAGCAGCAUGAGAAGCACCACCGGAGUCUCCCCCAAUCACAAAGCUCUCCUGAAGUCCUAUCAGGAACAGUUAAUGGACACCAAAGCUCAGAGGGAGGAGCUUAGGAAUGAAAUUCAGCAGUUGAAGCAAGACUUGGAAUCUAGACCCACAGUAAAAGAGCUGAAGUCCUACAAAGAACAACUGAGAUGCAUGGACAGACUUAUUCAGCAGAGUAACAUGAAGUGGGGGAAAAUGACUGUCAUUCUUCUUGGAUAUGACAAGUACUCCGUUUAUCUCCCCUCGUCUAAAGCGGGAGCGAGUAUCAACUCACUUUACAUUUUUGAUUCAGACUUUGUUGGACUAUUUAUCUUACCUGACUUUCAGGUUCUGAAUGACAUCAGAGCGGUUUUGACUACUUCCUGGGCUCCACUGAGGCUCCAUAGACCGAGGCCAUCAACCAGCCAUCCCCUGUCCAACAGGGCCUCAGAGAUGGUCGAGUUUGACGAACUCCUCUCCACUCUGGAGAUGUGGGCUGACCAACUGGCUUCACUGAAGGACUUGCACUGUGCCCUGAGUCAGUUGAUACUGAGACUGUUACCAUGGCAGCCAGCAGGUGCUACUAGUCUUAUGGAAAGUGUUCGAGUGGAGGACCUUAUGCUACUGGUGGACAGUCUGCUAGAGGAUACCAACUCUGGGGAGGAUGAGUUGCUGAGGAGCCCCACUAGGAACACACUCCAGUCCAUGGUGUCCCACUUCCAGAAGCUGUUUGAUAUAACCUCCCUCAGCGGAGUGUAUCCACGUAUGAACGAGGUCUACACCAGGCUUGGGGAGAUGACCACCGCUAUGAGGAACCUCAGGGACAUCCUGGCCCUGGAUGACAGAGCACCCCUUAGUGAGGUGGUAAACCAGGUAGCCAGUCUGGUCAACUCCCCAGAAGCCACGUCCGGCCACGAGCUCCACAUCCUCCUGGGAACCAGUGAUAUUGACAGGAGCUGCUCCAGACUCCAGGUAGGGAAAUGUUAUUACCAUCCAAUAAUGCAUUUGUUUGAAAUCGUUUACUGAUCAUGUGGUUAUUAGUACAUCUAUUUUGGUUGAUCUUACAGAUGUUGACUGUCUGGAUGACAUCAUGCCUGUUCUGAGGUCACUAGAGUCAAGAGCAGAGUAACACCGGUGCUUUGUAAUUAACAAUGCCUUUAUGUUUGUGUAUUUGAUUUGGAGUGAUUUUAUGGCGUUCUACUUUUGAUAUGUAAAUUAACAUGAAUUAAUACCUCUUCCAACAACAAGAUCUCAAUUCAUUAGUAUAGUGAAAUAACAACAUGACAUGUAUGUAUGUAUGUAUGUAUGAAAAAACACAAGUUUUAUUUUUUAGUGAUAUAAACCCUUCUUUCUCCACACCUAAGAACAAACCUCAGUUAAUAUGAGUUAAGAAAAAAGCUGUGGACAAAAAUAUUGCAGGUAAGAGUUAUUUUCAGAGCU